UCAGCUAAAGGCUGACCUGGGAAGUUGGCCACCUCCCUGGUGUUCCCGGAAGGAUCUCAGUGUCCUGUCAGCAGCAGCCUCCCGUGCUGCCUGCAGCUCCUUUGCUUCUUCUGCCAGAGUCCCUGAGUCCCGGGUCCAGCCCCGCCUCCGGCGCGGUCUCUGGUGGCCCAGCUGAGGCUCCCUGGGGCAAGACUGAACAAAGGUUCAGGCCCGCCCUAUUCCUCUCCCUGUGUGCCCCGGGAACGCGCCUGCCGGAACCGAGCACGUGCAGGACCGAGCGGCAGCGCGCGUGCGGGUAACCUGAACCUGACAGAAUGUUCGCCAAAGCAACUCGGAAUUUCCUUAAAGAAGUUGACGAUGGAGGAGACCUGAUCUCAGUCUCACACCUGAAUGACUGUGACAAGCUGCAGCUCCUAAGUCUGGUGACCAAGAAGAAGAGGCACUGGUGCUGGCAGAGGCCCAAGUACCAGUUUUUGUCUGUCACCCUGGGAGAUGUUCUCACAGAAGGGCAAUAUCUCAGUCCAGUGGUCGUGGAGUCUGACUUCGUGAAGUAUGAGAGCAAGUUUGAGAACCAUAUGAGCGGGAGCAUCAGGACGGCUGUGGGCAAGGUCAAGCUGAACGUUGGCGGCAAAGGCCUGGUGGAGGGCCGCUCUUCGUUUGGAAGCCUGAGGAAGCAGGAGGUGGAUCUGCAGCAGCUCAUUCAGGACGCAGUCGGGAGAACGGUUAAUCUGGAAAACCCGGUGCUCCAGCAGGUGCUAGAGAGGAGGAACGAGGUCCUGUGUGUGCUGACACAGAAGAUUGUGACCACGCAGAAGUGCGUGAUAUCUGAGCAUGUGCAGACGGAGGAGAAGUGCGGAGGCAUGGUGGGGAUCCAGACCAAGAUUGUGCAGGUGUCAGCAAUGGAGGAUGGGACUGUCAUCAAGGACUCCAAUGUGGUGCUGGAGAUCCCUGCCGCCACCACCAUUGCCUGUGGCAUCAUUGAGCUGUAUGUGAAGCAGGAUGGCCAGUUUGAAUUCUGUCUCCUCCAAGGGAAGCAUGGUGGCUUUGAGCAUGAGAAGAAAGUUGACUCUGUCUACUUGGACCCCUUGGCCUACAGAGAAUUUGUAUUCCUGGACAUGCCGGAUGGGGGUCAAGGGGUCUCUCCCCAGGAUGAACCACUACAUGUUUUAAAACAAGCGGCUGCACACCUGGAGAGAAGCUUCCAUCCCUUUACAGAGUUACCUGCCCAGCAGCAGAUGGCGCUGUUCUGCCUCCUGCAGACAGUCUUGUUUGAUGAGGAACUCCUCAAGGCUCUGGAGCAAGUGUGUGAUGAUAUGGCUAGCGGCCUCUGGUCCUCACAGGCUAUCUUGGCGAUGGAGGAGCUGACAGACAGUCAGCAGCAGGACCUCACAGCCUUCCUGCAGCUGGUGGGGUGCAAGGUACAGGGUGAGCGUCCUGGCCCACAGGAUGAGAUCAGCAACCAGAAGCUCUUUGCAACAGCCUACUUCUUGGUCAGUGCACUAGCAGAAAUGCCAGAUAAUGCCACAGUUCUCCUGGGGACUUGCUGUAAACUUCACAUUAUUCGUACGCUGUGCCACCUGCUCCAUGCUCUGUCUGGUGAUAGGUUAUGUGAUUUUGAAGACCCCACCUUGGCUCCUCUGAGAGAUACUGAGAGGUUUGAGAUUGUGCAGCGUUUGUUUGCCUCUGCUGACAUUGCCCUGGAAAGGAUGCAGCUGUCUGUGAAAGCCACCGUCCUGAAGGACUCUUGCAUCUUCCCACUAAUUCUUCAUAUCACUCUAAGUGGGCUUUGCAUUCUAAGUAAAGACCAUGAGUAAUGUCUUUGUCAGAACUACGUGCUACUGACCAAGGCUGAGUACUUUCCAGAAUUGAGAAAAUACUUUGAGAUCUGGGCCCCAGCAUGUUAAAAGUUGGUCAGCGAAUUCCAAAGCACAGAAAGUGGCGACUUUCCACACUAAUGCCUGCAAGCACUGUCAACGGUUUAUUCUCAGAGGCCUACUGUGCCAACAGACAGUGAGCCUGGGAACCAUGGUAGAUUCCAACAUUUGAGUUACUUGAGAGAAGAGUCAAGGGCUUUGUACUUUACCUACUUGUCACCUUAUUUUACACUCACUGCUGUUAUACAAAAACAGAAAAGUCUGAGACUUCAAAAUUCAUCUCAGGCUGUGAAAACUGUAGGAAAGCAAUUUCCCCUCACUUCUUUCCAACAUGCUGUCUGUAACAGUGACUGGGAGACUGUAAUGCUACUUGAGCAUAUGAAACAAAAUUGUAUUAAGGGCAUCUGAUCUUACCCACCUCAACAUGGGGACGUAGCUAUAUUCCUUUGAUUUGACUUUUUUACGCUUUGAUGAGCAUACUAUGUCUGGAGCAAUUCCAGCGGAUUCUGAAAAUUUGUCACAUGCUGCCAUUUCUAUCAAAAGAAAUUCUGAACUAUGUAUAGUUCACUUUUUAUUCUGUUUUGAUGUCCUUCUGAUUCAGCAGGCUUGGACAGUUUCCCCAAGCCUCCAGAUUCUACUGAGAGCAUCUGUUGUUAUAGACCAGACCCAAUGCCUCCGGGCUGAAGCAGCAAGAAGAUGCAGUUUUCACCUCCACUUCACCCACGUGGCCCUUUCACGUUAUGAGGAAGAAUAACAACAAUGAAAUAAAAUAAACACAGACCCCACCUUAUGCAGCUGUCUUUUACAGGGCUAAAAGCUGUACCAGUGGCACUGCACACAUCACCAGUUAGGAAGGAAAUGCAAAUGUGUGUAGUUGUGCAGAGUUGGUGCUGUGUCUCAUCUAUUUCUGACAUAAGACAUAAAGAGCAUGCUAUGGACAGAACAUAUAUGAACCUACAGGUGGAAAACAAACAUGUAUGUGCAUGGGAAUGCAUGUCUAAAGUUCAGGAGAAACCUGGAAGUGGUAUAUUGCAAUUCAGGAACUUUGUGACUAGGACAACAGGCAAAGAAAUGUUAUUUCCUCAUCUUUAUAGUCUGAUUGAAAUUUUGUAUUAUUCUAAUUAAGAAAAAUGGAUCGUAUAAAAUAAGAAAUAUAAAAGGGACUGGAGACAGUUCAGUAGUAAGUGAUGUACAAGCAUGGAAACCUGAGUUGGUUCUCUGGCACAUAUGUAGAUUGUCAGACAUUGUGAUCACACCUGUAAUACCAGCACUGGCAGGCAGUCUGGGCUUGCUUGCUUGUGAGCCAGAGUAGUCAACCAGAGGGCUACAGUUUUAGUCAGAGAACCUGUCUGGGCAAAACAAACCCCAAAUAUAGAGAGCAGUAGAUGUAGAUAUCUUUAGCCUCUAUGUGACAUGUGAACAUAUGCACAAAGAAUGGGGAAAAAAACAAAAACAAAAAACAUUCUUCUGAAGACAUCAGAAAGACCCUUAACCUGCAUGGGAGAGUUCUCCAAAGGGCACUUCUGGAAAGACUUCUUGCUGCACAAAGCCACACUGUUGUGUUUUGAUGGGUCCCUGCCCUCUUCCUGCAGGCCUAGUGUUAAGUAAGAUGUAACCCACAACAGGGCUGCCUGCUGAAACACAUGGUGACUCUUUCCUGGGCAGAUGGGAAGUGGUUAUAGUGACUCCUGCUGUCUAAGCAGUUUUUGUGUCUUCAUCCUGUAUUUUAGUCGCCUUCAACUCUGAAAUCCUUUUCUAUGAAAGCCACUACCAUUCAUCAGCCAGAAUAGAAACAACAGCACAGGGAAUCCUGGCUGAAAAGUAGAGGCAGGUGAAAAUU